AUGCCAGAACCACUUUCUACUACUCGUCAAACUAACUUUUUUCCUUCCGCUGAGCGGCUUAGUUCCUCUGAUAACCAGUCUUUUGCCCACCAUAUACAAACCCUUUACCAACUAGAAGCUCCUAACGCAAAUAUUUACCUCGCUUUAUCUUCUCAACUUCCCGUCUCAAAUCUUAUAGAAACUUUUCACGCUUCUUCUAAACAAAUUGACCUUUGGCUUGAAUAUGCUAAUAUCGCUAUUUUCGCUUUGGAGUUGGAUGUUCGGGAAGGAACAAACGUCAAAAGUGUCGGUGAAAUGGACGUUCUAAUUCAUAAAUUCGCUCCAAAUAUUGAUUUAUUACAGGAGUUGUCUCAAUCAAUCUUUAAUAACUUAAAAGUCCCUAACGACGAAGAAAAAAGAAAAGAUAUUCAGGACUCUCUGGAUAGAAUAAAUGCUGACUGGGUGGAUACAAAAGCCUUCUUUGGAAGGGUAAAAAAAGAAAUGUCCGAAUCAAAACAACGUCGUGAACUUUUAGAUACUAUGGAUCUAAUUUUAGCUUCAAUAGAAGAAUUAAAUACAAGUAUUUUCGAAUAUCAAGAACAAAGACUUAGUGGUGAGAAUGGAAAUGACUUGUUUCAUUUUCCAAAAUUAAGUUCUAGUCCUACAAAUAAACCUUCUAAUUUCAUUAGUAAUAAUUCUCACAAUGAGUUUAGUUCGAGAUCUGAUGUUGCUUUAAUGCAAUUGGAUUCUCGUUUAGAACCUUUAUCUGCUAGAAUUGAAUAUUUAAGAUCUCGUUUAUCUGCUCCAAAUGCUCCUUCUGAUCCUAAUGGUGCUUUAGCAAAAAAGAAUAAUAUUUUAUCAAGUAAAUGGGAUGCUUUAAAACAUGAAAUGGAAUCUCUGAGAGAAGAAUUAAAAGAGGAUAGAUGGUUAGGUGUUUUUAAACAAGUAACUGGUAACGCUGGUCAAAUGAUGGAUUCACUUGAAAGAGCUGUUAGACAAUGUAAGGACUUUAUAGCAAGAGCUAUUAGUAGAGUUGAUUCUCCUUUACCAUUAAGAAUGCUUCAACAAAAUAAAGCUAUAACGUAUAAAAAUUAUCAAAGAUUAUAUAAAACUUUUGAUGCUAAAAGAAAAUAUUAUGUUCCAACUGUAACUAAAAUGCUUACAAUGUUGGCAAAUGGAAUUAAUCAACAAAUGACAAAAGAUCGUGAUGCAAUUAAAAAAUAUAAAUCUAUGAAAGAUC